GUUAGCAAACAACGGUCACUUUAAUACUGGAUGCAAAAUCGAAGUCGCAAGGAAAACAAUUGCUUCCCAUUUUUGUUUACAGUCACGCAGCCCAAGACGCCAUGUCAAAUCCGCAGGAGGACCUACUGCCACCCAGUGCUGAGGACGACGAACUGACCCUGCCGCGAGCCAGCAUCAACAAGAUCAUCAAGGAGCUGGUGCCCACUGUGCGUGUGGCGAACGAGAGUCGCGAGCUGAUCCUGAACUGCUGCUCCGAGUUUAUACAUCUGAUCAGUUCGGAGGCCAAUGAUGUGUGCAACAUGCGCAACAAGAAGACAAUCAACGCGGAGCACGUUCUGGAGGCGCUUGAUCGUUUAGGCUUCCAUGACUACAAACAGGAAGCGGAGGCCGUUCUUCACGACUGCAAAGAGGUGGCUGCCAAGCGAAGACGGCAGAGCACGCGCCUGGAAAACCUUGGUAUUCCCGAAGAGGAACUUUUGCGACAGCAGCAGGAGCUGUUCGCCAAGGCACGCGAAGAACAGGCCCGUGAGGAGCAGCAGCAAUGGAUGAGUAUGCAGGCGGCGGCCAUGGUCCAGCGACAACCGCUGGCUGAUGGCUCCGUGGCCAGCAAACCCAGUGAAGAUGACGAGGACGAGGACGACGACGACUACUAGUAGAAAAGUGUGUCUUUCUAUGAGCUUAAUGUAGUUUUAAUAUUAAAAUAUAUUGCCAUAAGUUCAGCAGUCUGCUGUAAGCUAA